AUGGAGAAAUUCACUACAACUGAAGGACAGUCUGGGGACAGUAGGAGUAUGGUUGAUAUAGGAACACUACCUAACUUUCCUUGUAACCGCAGUAGUACUCCACGUGAGGGGAAUAAUCAGACGCCUAACAAGAUGGAAACUCCAAGAAUACUUGAUAUGAGCAUGGUACCAGAUUAUUUACAAAAGGAGAACUUUUCUCCAGAAUUCUCUUCUGCUACUGUAUCUGCAGGGUCAUCACCUGUGAACGUUACUCACGACGAGUGUCUUCCAUCAGGGAUCACAGGAUCAAGUGGUAAGAAGGGCUACAAGCAUGCGAUAAAGUGGCAGCAGCAACAGCAGCAGCAAGUGGCAGAUUUUAUGGAGAAUAUGCAUUCACUGUCCUCAGGAAUGCUCUGCCUUAGAUCAGAUAUCAUGAAAUCCUUGGAGCUGCCCGUUCCCAAGAGAAGAGAUAUCAAGGGCAAUCACCUAUCUAAAUUAUUAUUUGCUAAAUCUCCCCUAACUAUUAACACAUAUUGUCAGUUUUAUGACUGUAGGACUAAGUGCAUAUGUAACCAAGAAAUGAUUUGGAAAGAUAAGAAUAGUAGAGAAAAACAUGGUUCGAGGAAGUAUCAAAGGCACUUGAGCAAAGUUCAUAAUGUUCAACUGACACCGCAAAAUUUUACUCAGUUUUUCGAUCAUAAUUCUCCACUCUUCCAGGAAUGUUACAACUAUCAAUCCAGUUUGAUGAGCGAUUUAUUUAUUGAACCAGAUACAAAAGCUAAGGAGAAGAAAAGGAAACGGGCAGACGAUAUUACGAGAAAUGAUUCAGAAACUGGACAGAGCUUUGCGAAUCGGCCAGAACAACAGCAGAACAUCCUUGAACUUCAAUCAAAAAUAGCGAUGAAUGACUUGAUUGAGAACCUCAUCGACUUGAGCAUUCCAUUUUCCGUAUUAGACUACCAACCAAUGAGGGAUUGGCUCAUUAAAUACUCAAUCAUUUCGACAGAUACUUUACCGGAUGAAGUAUAUUUCAAAGCUGAUCCAGGCGUGAAUGAAUCGGAACAUAACAGAAAUGAAAGUAAUAAUAACAUCAGCAAUAAUAUUAGCAGCACUCCCCAUAAUCACAAUCAAAACCAGACUACACAUUAA